CACACUGCACAUGGUCAUCUCUGGUCCCAGUCUAUGCUUAUUAACACCUGUCAACUCUGCUUCCUGUGCUCAGGUAAUGUCCAGCUACCUUUUAUUCUUAAUCUGCCCAGGUACAUGUAUUAAGAGGUCUGUCUCCAAUCGUCAAGCUAUAUGCUAUAGAACUGUGACCCUCUGGUAGGUACUGAAAAUAUUUCGGUCAGUUUCAUCAAACCAAAUAUAUUAAACUUAUGAAAUUACAUUUGAUUAUCUAAUGAAAAAUAUUAAUCAACAAUUGAUCCUUACAAUGAAAAGACUUAGUUUAUCUUUAGGCCAAGUAAAAUUAAUGAGUAGAUUAUCAUUCAAACUUCACAAAAAAAUGGGGCGGGUGGGAGGAUUUUAUUUUUUGUUUUUCGCCAUGGUAUUCUUGACCUCGAAAAUGCCUUCUCUCAUUGAGAAAAGGAUUUAUAAAUCAUAAUUACAUGUGUAUUUGGGUUUCUAAAAGGCAAAGUGAAACAAAGUACGUUUACGAUACUGGACCGGACAUAAAAAUAUCCGGAAAUCAUAAUUUUGAAAAAUAAAAAAAAUCAGGGCGGGGCGAUUUUCGAGGGGCAGGCGGGAAUGAUAAUCUACUAAUUAAUUUUGCUUGGCCUUAUCUUUGCAAGAAAUGUACAAAAAUAGGAAAAUGGACAGUUUAAAUCACAAUUGACCAGUAUUGACCACUUCGGGAGUAUUGACCGGGACGGUUAAAACCACUGGUUAAAACCGGGGGCGGUUUUAACCGCCCAACCCUGGUUAUAAAUCAGUCACAAAUAUAAAUAAGAAAUAAGAUAUCAUUUUCAAACAUUUAUAGGGAUGUAAAUAUGGGUCGGUAUGUGAUAAAAUCUACCAUAAAGCCAUUCGGGCUAGUUUUAAAAUGAUACCUUAUUUCUUAAAUAAAGAUAUAUAUUAUCAGAUUUUUCUCCAACAAAUAUUUGGGCUGGUACAAUCAUGAUUUCACCCAGGUAAAAGUACCAGGUACUGAGAGAUUUUGAAAGGCCGGCCUGCUUUCCAAGAAGUUUCUUGGCACUAUAUAUGUUUAGCUGAGACAAGAAUUUCAAUCAUCGAAUCUUGUCAAAGAACUUUUUUUUUUUUUUUUUGGAUAAAUUAUCAAAAGAAAAUACGAGGUUCAAAAAUUUAAAAUAGUAUGUACAUUAAAUCUACUGGAAGCUCUAAAAAAAAAAAAAAAAUAUGAUUAGUUUCAAAGAUCAUCUCCAGACAAAAAAAAGUCUACGGACAGAUUGACAGAGAGACAGAUGGACAAGGUGAGUUCAAUAUAUCCCCAAAUUUAAAUUGCACAGGCACUUGUUUCAUACAUGAGUCCCCCGGCCUCCUUAUUAGUGAAACAAGUGCCUGUGAAUAGAUUAGAGUAUGCAGUUAAAAUAAUGACAGUGUUAAGAUGUUGUCUCUAGAAUUGUAUAUGGCUGAACUGGAAAUACUGAGUGACAAAAUUAGAGAAAAACGUUUAGUGUGACCACAGGGGGUUCUUAUCCAUUAUGUUCUCAAUCUAUAUAUAUACAAGCCCCUGUGGUGUGACUGUGUCAAUGGUAAACAACUUACAUGUAAAAUACCCUGGAACUAAAGACAUUUUUAUUGAUCAAUGUUUUCCAAAGGAGGGGUCAAAGCCACGGUGUAUUCAAAAAUAAGGAUGAAAUAUAACUUCCACAACAUUUUAACAUCACAUAAUAAUUUAACAAAUGAUACCACAAAGAAAAUACCUAGCGCAAUCAUGACUGUGAAUUUGUUUACUGUUCAGUAUUCAAAGCGAAAGCUGCAAUGCGCAUGCGCAACUCUGAGCAGGGAGCUAGUUGAAUUUUUACAAGUUCUAAGUGAGAAGACCUUUGUAUUUUGCAGAAUUGUUUUGAAGCGAAAUAUGUCGGUAACAACAGCACCUUACGGAACUUGGAAGUCCCCGAUCUCGAGUAAACUUGCCACUGAAAGCAGCGUCAGAUUUCAGGAGAUCCACCUGGAUCUGCAACAGAGCAGACCCGGAGAAGGAGCUGUUUAUUGGAGUGAACUGCGGUUCAAUGAAGGUGGAAGAUAUGUUGUUUGUUCACAGAAAGAGAAUGAAACGGACUUCAGAGUAUGGACACCUGAAGAUUUCAAUGCCAGGACGAGGGUUCAUGAGUAUGGAGGAGGGGCUUUCUUUGUGUACAGUGGAGCAGUGUAUUUCUCCAACUUCUCAGAUCAGCAGAUUUAUAUGCAGAAAUCUCCAGACUCUGUCCCAGUGCCAAUAACUCCCAAGGAUUGUGGCUGGAGAUAUGCAGAUGGAUCUAUUUGCCCAAAAACAGGGAAAAUCUACUGUAUUCGAGAAGACCACAGUGUUGUUGACAAAAAAGAGGCAAAGGAACCUCAAAAUACAGUGGUAGCCAUAGACCCUAGUACACAGACACAGACAGUACUGGCCAGUGGUUGUGAUUUUUACUCCAGUCCUAGAUUUUCACCAGAUGGGAAGAAACUAGCUUGGGUACAGUGGAAUCAUCCAAACAUGCCCUGGGAUAGUACAGCCUUGUUUGUGGGGGAGCUUUCUAGUGGAGGGGAUGAAAUUGUACCAGGAACUGCAAAACAGAUAGCAGGAGGUGAAAAUGUGAGUGUGAUGCAGCCUGUGUGGACCCUGGAGGGUGAUCUCCUGUACAUCAGUGAUCAGACGGGCUGGUGGAAUCUGUAUCAGUACUCCUAUGAUGGAAGUCACCAGAAUCUGCUUCCAUGUGAGGCGGAAGUCGGAGGGUGUCAAUGGGUGUUUGGAAAACCUGAUUAUGCGCUGGAUCCCACAGGCAGCUCUAGUAUCAUCCUAAAAAUGAAAGGGGAACUUUUCAAAUUGGACAUGAAAACAAAGGAACACAAGAAACUAGAGACAGGUUGUACAUCUCACAACAUGCUGGCUUGUGCUGGGAAUGGAGACUUGUAUUGUGAGAUGGGGAGCCCAACAAAAUUCCCCUGCUUGGUGCUGCUGAACACGCAGACUGGAGAGAUGAAGGAAUUCCGAGAAUCCAAGUCCCUAUCCCUGGACAAGGGUUAUUUUAGUGUCCCUACAGACUACACCUGGAAGACGACAGAUAAUGAUAUGUGCUAUGGAUAUCUGUACACCCCUCAGAAUAAGGAUUACAAGGCCCCUGAUGGAACCCUCCCUCCCCUCCUUGUCAAGGCACAUGGGGGACCAACAGGUUACAGCCCCAACACAAUUGGCCUGGUCAUACAGUACUUCACAAGUCGAGGGUUUGCUGUGCUGGAUGUUAACUACAGAGGAAGCUAUGGAUUUGGUACUGCAUACAGGAAUAAGCUCAGAACUAAGUGGGGUAUUUAUGAUGUGGAUGACUGUUGUACGGGAGCUCAGGCUUUAGCAGAUGAGGGUCAAGUGGACAAGAACUGUCUGUGUAUUGAUGGCGGAUCAGCGGGGGGAUACACCACACUUGCCUGCCUAGCCUUCAGGGAUGUGUUUAAAGCAGGUGCCAGUCAUUAUGGUAUAGGAGAUCUUGGGGCACUUGUCAGAGAUACCCACAAGUUUGAGAGUCGCUACAUAGAUAAUCUUAUUGCUCCAUAUAGUGAAGAAACCAAGAAGAUUUAUGAUGAACGGUCACCCAUUAAUUAUGUUGACAAGCUCAACUGUGCAAUGGCUUUCUUCCAAGGAGAUGAGGAUAAGAUCGUUCUACCCAAUCAGGCUGAAAUGAUGUAUGAAGCUGUGAGAGCCAAAGGUUUACCAACAGUGUUAGUCAUGUUCAAAGGAGAGCAGCAUGGUUUUAGAAAAGCUGAGAAUAUACAGACAGCUCUGGAUGGGGAAUUCUAUUUCUUUGCGUGUGUGUUUGGUUUUGAGCCAGCUGACAAACAUAUGUCUCUUGAUAUUCAAAAUCUGAAGAAAUGAGAGGACCUUCCACUUUGAAACUAUGACUGUUUUUUAUCAGAUUGUUAUGAUAAUAGUAUAAUUGAGUGUACAUCAUCUAUCUGUUAUAAGACUAACCAGAUUGUAAACAAUCAAUGUAUGGCCAUAGUAUAAACUUAUGAAUCACUGUUGGACCAGUUUUCUUUUUGUUCGUUUGUUUGUUUGUUUGCUGCUGCUUUUUAGGUUUUUGUUUUUUGGGGGUUUAUUUUGUUUAUUAUUGGUUUAUGGAUUUUCCAACAAGAAAAUCAAGAUUGCAGUUGGAGUAAAGUCAAGAAUAGAAACCAGAUAUUUGUUAAAAAUUAAACAUUACUGCAUACUCACCUAAUAUGCUUAGUAUUGGGAGAUCAAUCAGGAUAUGCAUAUAUAUAAUUUUGGUGCCCUCUGGCUGGAUUGAGUCCAACAUAUUUCUCAUUAAAAAGUUUCAUUUAUUUCUGUUUAGGGAGAAUCAAUUUUUGUUGGGUCUGUGGAAAUAAAAAAAGACUCCUAUCUUUUUUUCCUAAAAGUUAAAACUAAAAAAUCAAGUUAGCGCAAACAAUUGCAUUGCCCUAUAAGCAAUGUUACAAUGCAUGGUAAUAUAUAGAAGAUUGGAAUUUUAUGAUAUCCUGGUAUAAUAUGAUUCGUUGGUUAUGAUAAGAUUAAAAUAAUACUUUAUACUGGAACUUAUUCAGAAAUAUUGUUUGUUUCUCCUUUGAGACCCACCAUUUUGUCCUAUUGUCAUACAUGUGAUAAUUUUUCAACCACAAAUCUGUACAAUUAAUGCCUUUAAAAAGGCUUGAUUUUGAGUGAAAAAUCUUGAUACAAGUUUGCAAAAUGUGGUACAAAAUCUGUACAGAAUAUGGUUUUUAUACGUCUAUAAAAGUAUAAUGCUGAGAAUUAUUUUCAGAAAUUCCAUAAUUUGAUUGUUGUUGAGACCUUUAAGUAUUUCAUCAUUUCUAAUUUUCUAACGAUUAUUAAAGAUUAAGGUACCUCAUUACACUAAAAUUUUAUUUAAUGGCUCAUUAAAACACCUCUUAUGAAGUAUGAUUUCACCAUCGAAAGAGUGAUACAAACUCUCAAUUAUUUUAUAUGAAUUUUUGGUGGGUUUUUUUCGGAAUGAUAAAAAAGUGUUUUGUUUGCAGAUAAGAGAUUCUCGAGUCCAAAUUUUGCUGUGAUUUAAUGCAUGAUAUGAAUAUUUAAUAAAAUAUGCCUAACAGAUUCAGGUAUAAACGUUCUAAUUUGUUAGAGAAAAAUAUUUAUGAAAAUAAAAAAUGUUAUUUGUGAACAUUUUUUAAAUCUACGGAUAAAAUCUUCAAAAAACAAAUCAGUUAGAAUAAAGAUAUAUCGAAAAAAUAUAUUAUGAAAUUGAAUCGAAAUGACCAAAUUUUAGAUAUAAUCACUAUAUUCAAACUGGAGAAAAAAGUACCGAUCCCAAUCAAAAUUGAUAGAAAUUACUAAAAUAAUCAUAUUGAAUAAUUGUAUGCACUGUUGAUCAAGAAAUUAGUUUCCUCUAUCACGUCGUUUAAUUUGUCAACCAUUUUACAUCAAGGGAAUGUAGUUUUUUGAUUACAAUGUUCUCUAUGACUACUUUUUUAUAAUUCCGAUCGGGCUUGGCUCAAAUUAGAAAAUUCGUAAUAUUUCUGAAUUUUGACUUUCUCAAUUUCUUUUUAAGAUAUGUUUCUCUGAUAUAUAUUUUUUUUAAAUGAUAUGUUUUUUUGAAGAUUUUAUCUGUAGAUUUAAAAAAUAUUAGCAAAUAACAUUUUCAAUUUUCUUAAAUAUUUUUUUUAUUUAAAAAAUUAGAAUGUCUAUCAGAGUCAUUUUGGCAUGUUUUCUUAGAUAUUCAUAUUAUGCAUUAAAUCACAGCGGAAUUUGGACUCUAGAGUAUCUUAUUUGCAAACAAACUGUACCUUUUUUAUCAUUCUGGGAUAAGUCACAAAAAAUGCAUAUAAAAUAUUUGAGAGCUUGUAUCACUGUACCUUUUUUAUCAUUCCGGGAUAAGUCACAAAAAAUUCAUAUAAAAUAUUUGAGAGCUUGUAUCACUUUUUCGAUGGUGAUUCAUACUCCUUAAGAGGUGUUUUAACGAGCCAUUAAAUAAAAAUUUAGUGUAAUGAGCUACCUUAAGGUGAUCAUAAAUUUUUCAUCAAUCAUUCCAACAUAAGAUUUAAAAAAUAAGAUUUUAAAAACGUUUUCAAAGUCAUAAAAGAUGUUUUCUCAGAAAUUGACCUUUUUAUCCUCAUAAUUAUGAUGUCUAUACCACCCACGUUGACAAAAUAUCUUGCAGAAAGACAGCUCUUCUUAAACAGAACACCUAUUUCUGACCACAGUGCAGGGCACUUUUGUCUGAGAUCUGCCAGUUAAGCCUGUCAAAGUUGAGUGGUAGGAAAUUGAAAUGUUGAUAAGCAAUUAAUUAAAACAAUUGAGUUUAAAUUGGAGUGAAUUAACUAUAUUGGACAAGACCUGAAAAUCUGUACAAUGUAUAAUAGUGCUUGAAUUUUAAUGUGCAGGCAUAACUGUGAAUGCAUUGGGUUGAAAAAGUGUGUAGUAUUGUGUGUACAAUCUGUUCAUAAGCACAUGUAUGUUAUUAAUUGUUAGAUAAAUGUAGGUAUGGGGGAAAAAUUGUGAAAAAUCUUGUAGUACAAUAAUAAAAAAUUUCCAUCUGAAAAGUCUCCAAUUAUUUUCACACCAUGUUAAUUGAUGCCAUGUUUUAACAUAUAAAUGCCUUUAUUACCAACACACAUACUGGGGUAUAUGACUAUUUAAAUUUAUGCCAUAUACUAGCUGGGAUUAAGAACUGAGUUUUUGAAUAUUUAUCAUCGACCAUUGCUCGCAUCAUUGGUUACCAUGAUUGAAAAACAUCACGCCAAUUUAAGUCAUUGCUAUAUGGUUUAUAACAGUAUCAUAUUAAACAUAGCUAUAAUUUUUUUUACCACCUCGUUGCCAUGGACUGCCAUAAAAAUAUCCACUUAAGGUUUGUGACUGUUUGUUAAUCUUUUAAUCCAGCAACAUUUUUAAGACAUUAUAAAAAAUUUUCACCUCAUUUUCAUUCCACCUUUAAUUCAGAAAUCUUGGGUGACAAUUUGUCUCUUGACCUUGAAUUAAAUUUUUAAAAAACCCAGCUAUAUACUCAUAAAAGACGAGGUGACUAUCUGGAUUUGGUAGUGUAAUAAACGGAUGAUUUUAGCUUAGGUAAAAGCAAUGUAGAGAAUUAUAUUGAAUAGUUUUAAAAGGCAUCCUUAUAUUUGGGAUAAGCCAUUAAUUCAUUUUUAAUUUCAUCUAGACCAUGAUUUAUUAUACAAGUUUAAUAAGGAUUGUUUGGAUCUUUUUCAUGCAAGGUCUGAAGAUAACUUUUUUAAGUCUUCUAACUGCAGAAAUUAUUUCUUUUUCUGUAAUUCAAACAUCUAGUAGGGAAAAUGUUUUAGAUUUUUCACUUUGAUAUAUCAAACAAAGAUUUCUAAAAUAAUAUAUUUUGUGAAGAAAAUUUCUUAUCAAUGGAAAGUAUAGUUUUGUGAAAUGAGAUAUUAAAUCCAUUUGUUGUGAUCUAGCUAGGUAUUCUCAAAGCAGGAUAUUUUUCAUCUUUAACCUCUUUUAGUCUUUAUUUAAUUUCCAGUAAGCAUUUUGGAUCGAUCUUUUUCAUGCAAGGUCUCUAACUUUUUUAUAAUUAAGGCACUUAAUUCAUUGCUUUUGUUUACAAAGUUUGUUGUAAUAUUUGUGAAAUUUAAGGAAGAUCUGCACUCUCUUUACCGGUAGUGUUGGAUCAAAGGAAUAUUUUGAGUACGAUUAAUUCUCUAAUGUACACCUUAUAUGCAGUGUAAUAUAAUAUGAUUUUGUCUGGUGCCAUAUUCAUGCAAUUUCAAAUUUCAAAUCACUGUAUUUUGAAUAUUAUUGUUUCUAUGGUAUAUAAUCUAUAAUGUGUGCCUUUGCCAGUAAUUGACAACUUAUUGUGCUUGUGCAAAUUUGUCAUUGUCAUUAAUGUCAUUUAAUUAAUUUACUUAUUUUAAGAAGCUCUGAUCUCAUUUUGUGUAAAUCAAUGUCAAACCACAUUUUAGUAAGCUUCGUCUUUUUUAAGAGCUUUUUUUAAUGAGAUUUUUUCAGAGGUUAAUUGCAUGCUAGGGCCUAGCUGUUCUUAUAAUUUUAUUCAAUCUAAAUAGAGCAUGCAUGAUUAGUUUCAGAUUGUAGUCAUUAUUUUUAUUAUCUUUCGCACUUUGUUAUCAUUCAAAGCUGCUUGAAAAUCCACAGCAUGCAGCACAAUCUCUACUCAGAGUUGUCGUUCCUUGCUUUCACUUGUAAACACCUCUGUUAACGUCUCAAAAUAAGCAAUGUUAUUCCACAUGUAAAUCCACUAAGAACUAUUUUAUAAAAUAUCUGGAAAAUGUAGGACAAGCAACUAUUUGUAUAUUUUUUUCCAUUACUAUAUAUUCUUCAUGUACCUAUCUAUAGGCCUGGUGCAAUAGAACUACCCAAUAUCUACGUUUCAACCCAAAUCAAUGCUUUGUGUCACAAAAAGACUUGACAUCUGCUCAAUAUUUAUUUAUUUACGUAUAUUUUUGUAACUGAAGUCAAAACCUUACUUUAUUUGAGCAUACGUGCCAUUUUACAAAAAUCUUGUAAAACCCUUGAGACUUUUACAGGUGUAAGUGAGUGUACGGAACGAUAACUCUGGGUAGAGAUUGCAUGUGGCAGGGAACUGACAUUUCAAAAGUUGAAAUAUCUCUAGGCCUAUAUAUUUUAGGCUUAAAGAAUUAACAAAUUCUUAGCUAUAUGAUAAAUUAUCCUAAAUAUAAGGAAAACUCGUUAUUUUCACAACGUAUGUAUUACGUCUUGAUACUAUUUAUAGAGAUUACAUUGUUUAUGCAUGAAACAUGGCCUCAUAACCGGUUUCAACCAGUUGGUUACAACGUCAUAGAGACUGCUUACUAGGAAAUCCUUCCGUUGUUUAUGGAUCGGGCACAUUUUUGUAUGGGGUAAAAUAUGAACUUUUUCCUUUUCAGAUUUUCAUUAAUACGUUAAUCUAAAUUGUUUAAAAAAUUUAUGAUCACUAUUUAAACGUUUAUACAAAUUUGAUUAUCUUUUGAGGGCAAAAUUUGGCGCACUAUAUUUAUCUUGUGUCAGGCGUAGUAAUUCUAAUGAAAUUAGUAUAAAUGCACGUACACAAACUUCGUUGGUCAGGCGUUUAUGUGUUUAAGGAGAGGCCGCGUCGAUGUAUCGAAUAGUUUUUAUUUGUCAAUUUGUGCUUUUUGUUCAGUAUUUAUUUUAAAAUUAUUUUAAACAGCGUUAUUUUUAUUAGUUUUAUCAAUUUUAAUUAUUAAUAUUGAGUAGUGACAUGUCUAAAUUUCAUCGAGGAUGACUGUUGUUUUGGAAUCCAAUAUGGCGUCUACUGUCGGCGGCAGGAAACGAACGUUGAAAAUGGUGUUGGUGAAAAGACUGCAGAGUAAAAAGAGGAAAUUUGCUAGGAAUACUUACAUUUGUGCGCUCAUCCAUUGUACAGUGAAGAAACUCUUGGGAGAGAAGACGACCCGAAACAUUUCUUUCAAAUGUCCAAGUGACGCUGAACAAAAUUUCCAUUCGGUGGAUCUUGAUUGUAAUAUUGAAGAAUUUAGGAGAGAUCCAUUAAAUUUAGAUAAGUUUUUUAAACGAAUUCAAGGUCAGGUACAUUAUUGACUGUUAAUGAAUUGCAUCAAACCACCCAAAUAGCGUGUUCAUUGUUUUUACCCAGUACUUUGUAUAUUGUUUUUAAAGAUGCUACUUUUAUAAUAAAUUGAUUGUGUGAUUACGACAA